AUGACGCAAGGAAACCAGUCCACCACUCCAGCUCACCCACGCACAAGCAACGAAGCCUCCAUCGCCCUCUUAGAAGACCACCAGAAAUCGCAAGCCCACGCCCAUGAGCUUCACUCCUAUCCCACCCAACCGCCAAACUAUCAAGAAGCAACGUCCGCGACACCUCUCCGCCGCACCACCACACUCCGAGACGUCGCCAAAAAGGCACAAUGGGCAGCAUACGGAAGCAUCCGGCACUGCUAUCAGCAAGCAAACUUUUGCGUCAUCCUGCAGUUCGUGCUGAGUUUCUUCGUCCUGGGCAGUGCGGCGGGCACGCUGGACAAGAGAGAUGUUUUGCCUGACACGACGCCGAUUGCGAUUGCGGCACUCGCUUUUGGAGUAUGGUUUAUACUCACGCUCUUCUUUCGUCUGCGCUACUCGGCUGCUUCGCCUACUACGGCCAAACCACCUACGUCGUACCUUGUGUGGACGGGGAUAUAUAUCCUUUUAUGGGGUGCAGCGUUGGCGUGCAGCGUUGUGCUGUUUCUUAUGGUCAAGCCGUAUAAGGAUGAGAGGGACAUGAACGUCACGUCUUACACUGGCUGUCGGAAAUCCGAGAAGAAGCCGUGUCAUCCGUUUACCAAGCGGUCAGCCUUGUUCACGAAUGGGGCUAUUAUGCUGUCAACUUGCUCAGCAGCGCUUGCCUUUGGAUUUCUUCAAAUCUGGAUUCUUUCCCGGCUAUGGCGGAGACAAUACACAGAGGCCGAAAUGCGAUCCGAGUAUGAAGCUACGCCGAAGAUGCCAAAGAUCAACUUUAGGGCGUCGUUUAAAGAGGGCUGGAAGAAGGGCUGGGAGGGUGAGCGAGCGAAGCAGGCUGCGGCGCAAACUGUGUAG